AUGUCGAGCGUUCAAGGUCCGAACCCGGUAGAUUUCGACUACUAUCUCGUGACGCAUGUGGCGACCACGUGCGAUGAGCACGGAGUCUAUGUAACGAAAGACUCGGCGGAAGUCAUAGAGAUCGGUUGGCUUUUGUUGCAUUCGAAAAGUCUGGAGGAGGUGCAUCGAGAAAGCAUCCUGGUCAAGCCUGUGAACACUCCAAUCACCCCUCUAUGCACGAGCUUAACAACCCUCACCUGGGAGCAUGUGCGCUCUGCUGGGACCUUCCGAGACGCGAUCACCCGAUUUGAUGCAUUUGUUCAAGAGCAUUUGAAAAGCAAAGAGUUCUCGUUCGUGACGCUAGAUUCUUGGGAUCUGCGGGUUCAAUUACCCAGAGAAGCUCGAGACAAAGCCGUGGUUUUGCCAGCUUAUUUACAACACUCGCGUACUUUUGACCUUCGGACUGAGUAUCAGCGCUGGCAACAACACCACCCAGAGUCUCUUCCGUUUGGCCCUAGCUCACUGGCAAAUAUUUGUGCAGCGUUAGAGGUGGAACCUAUUCAAACCUCGGCACCAAUCAAGCACAACCUCCCGUUUCACCUGCAAGCAUUGGCGCCAGCUUCUCCCCGCCGAGCAAUAGAAGAAGCGAUCACGCUAGCGCGUGUUCUGCAAGGGUUGAUACGAAAAUCUCAACCACAGCACGAGCACCCCGACGUACUGACACGACCCCUUGAUGCCAAAGCCGACGUAUCAGCCUUUCUUCGGGAGCGCAGUAAAGUACUACACAUGAGCGGUCUUCCACACGACACAACACAGUCAGAGCUUGAGAGUUGGUUCACGCAAUUCGGUGGACGGCCGAUUGCCUUCUGGACGCUGCGGACCCCUGAUCAACACAAGCCAACUGGGUCUGGGUUCGCUGUGUUUUCGUCGCACGAAGAGGCAGCCGAAAGUCUCUGCAUGAACGGACGCGCUCUCAAUGAAAAGGCCAUCGAGGUCUCGCCGUCUUCCAGUCGAGUCCUGGAUCGAGCAGCUGAAAUACUCACCCCGUUCCCUCCCAGCAAAAACCGGCCUCGUCCAGGAGAUUGGACAUGUCCGUCAUGCGGCUUUUCUAAUUUCCAACGUCGUACAGCAUGCUUUCGCUGCUCUUUCCCUGCAGCUUCGGCUAUGCCAAGUGGCGAUCCCAUGGGCUAUUCCAAUUAUGGGUAUGGCCCCCAUCACAUGAUGCCUCAUCCUCACAUGGGACAUCAAGGUGGACAUAGCAUUGGGCAUGGCCGCGGAGGCGGAGGGGGAAUGGUACCCUUCCGAGCUGGCGAUUGGAAAUGUGGCUCGGAAGGCUGCGGUUACCACAACUUUGCCAAGAACGUUACCUGUCUUCGGUGCGGUGCGAGUCGAGCAGGAGCUGCUGUGGUUGCAGAUUCAGCAUUUCCAUCUCCGCAUGAGCAUUCCUCCGGCUACAGUAUGGGCCCAUCGUCAAUUGCAGGCACGCCUGGACCAGGACCCUUUGCAGCUCCCGCGGGAGGGUUUGGAUCCGCAGGGUUCGGGGGCCAACAAUUUGGAGGACCCCCAAGUCAGUACGCUCUGCCGUCUGGCAUAGGGGCUCCGACGAACGCGUACCCACCUAUGGGAGCAGGUUAUGGACAAGGGCUCUCUGGUGGGCCUUUCGACAGUCGGGCUGCCGAAGCUGCCUUUACCUCAGCCAACAAUGGACCACCUUCCAGUAGCGCAACAAAUGGACCACCAGCUUAUGGUAAUGCCACAUAUGGGGGUAACAGCAGCAUGGAUGGCGCUCCAGAUCCAUUUGCCUUCCUCUCCUCCGGCCUCGGUGGCCUUUCAAUGAACGAUGAUAGCCGACGGAACGGAGCGAAUCACAACAAAUCUCCAACUUAA